CGCGUCACUUUUUGCAAUUUUUUUUUCUUGUUUUCCAGUAUCUCCCAGUACGCUAGGCACACACGCUCACCGCUUUCACUACACUUUUGCAACCGUUUCUGUAUUCACUAAUAAAAACAUUUAAAAGGCGAAUUUCAGGCACUUCUUUUGCAUAAAACUUUCUGCUCAAGAUUUUUCGUCUUAUCUUUGCUUUAAUUCGGCUGCUAAACGGUGUAAACUGUAAUUUUUUGAAUGAAAUAUGAGCUGCGGGAACAAGAACCUGUACAAGAAUCAACUGGAAGCCGUUCAACGAAAAUUAAUCUGCAAACAAAUAAGAAAAAUUAAAAAACAGAGAACUGUCAAAUCGGAAGACAAACGUCAAAAUCCACAAAGCUGAUUGGAAUUCACGAAUGAGCUGUUAAAGCAAACGCAAGUAAAUCACACAGUGUUGUUUCUUUCCCAUUGAGCGGGAGGUUUCGUUGCAAAAUCAGAUGUUAAUUUAAUUUUUUACGUACACAAACAACUUUUAAAUAAGAGAAGUAAUGAAGUUAAUGAGUUUAAAAGUGAGCUACAAUUUAGAUGUCAUAACGAGUGCGUUUUGAUUGAGAAACAAGCAGAGAACGUAUAAUAUCUCUGCAACAAGUCCGGUAAAUAGGGAAGAGUGCUGCCAAGUUUCAUAUAUACUUCCAAUUGGAAUUGGAAUGCAAUUUUACAAGAACAGCUGUUAUUUGUUCCGCUAUUUGACAGAGUCAAGUGCAUUUUUCUUGCGUAAAAUUUUAAAAUUUGAAUUUAAUUCCGGCAAUGAGCCAUGGAGUCAAAAAUUACGUUGGUGCAUUGGUUUCGCAAAGGACUACGUGUACAUGAUAACCCAGCAUUAGCUCUGGUUUUCUCCAAAGCAGUAAGCCAACCCACAAAAUAUUGCGUGCGACCGAUUUUUAUACUCGAUACUGCGUUGUUGGAAUGGUUGCGCGUUGGCGCGAACCGUUGGCGUUUUCUGCAACAAACACUAGCAGACUUGGACACAAAUUUACGGAAAUUAAAUACGCAAUUAUAUGUGGUGCGCGGUACACCAGCUACAGUUUUUCAACGCAUCUUUAAGGAGUGGCGUGUGAGUUUACUAACCUUUGAAAGUGAUAUUGAGCCAUAUGCAUUGAAGCGUGAUGCAGAGAUUCAACGUUUGGCUAAGGCAGCUAGAGUAAAAGUGGAUGCAUUUUGCUCGCAUACCAUAUAUAAUCCAGAUUUAGUAAUUCAAAGAAAUGGUGGCAAUGCGCCACUAACGUAUCAGAAAUUUUUAAGCGUUAUCGAAAAAAUAAAUGUGCCAUUGCCGGUGGCGAACCCCGAGAGAUUGUCAGAUGAACAAAAGCCCCCCAAGGAUACAAUGGAGCAAGAAAACACGAAUUGCUAUGCAUAUCCGACAUUAGACGAACUUGUGAAGCGGCCCGAGGAAUUAGGAGAAAACAAAUUUGUUGGCGGCGAGACGGAAGGUUUACGCCGUUUGGAUGCUUCGUUGAGCAACGAAUCAUGGGUUGCUGCUUUUGAGAAACCAAAUACUGCACCGAAUUCGCUUGAACCCAGCACAACUGUGCUUAGUCCCUACCUGAAGUUUGGUUGCCUCAGCUCACGCUUGUUUCAUCAGCGUUUAAUGUCGAUACUUAAGCGCCAAACCAAACAUUCCAAACCACCCGUAUCAUUGUUAGGACAAUUGCUCUGGCGUGAAUUUUACUACACAGCCGCAGCGUCUGAGCCAAAUUUUGAUCGUAUGUUGGGUAAUAAAUUCUGCAUGCAAAUACCAUGGGAAACCAACGAAGUACAUUUAUCAGCUUGGACGAAUGGGCGUACGGGUUAUCCAUUUAUAGACGCCAUAAUGCGUCAAUUGCGUCAGGAGGGUUGGAUCCAUCAUUUAGCGCGCCACGCUGUUGCAUGCUUUCUAACACGUGGUGAUUUAUGGAUCUCUUGGGAGGAGGGCCAAAAAGUAUUCGAAGAAUUACUGCUCGAUCAGGAUUGGGCAUUGAAUGCCGGCAAUUGGAUGUGGCUCUCAGCCUCAGCAUUCUUUUAUCAAUACUUUCGUGUCUACAGUCCGGUUGCUUUCGGCAAGAAAACCGAUCCAACUGGCGCUUACAUAAGAAAAUAUGUACCUGAACUUGCCAAGUACCCAGCAGGGUGUAUUUAUGAACCUUGGAAGGCAACUUUGAGCGCACAACGCGAAUAUGGCUGUGUGCUGGGCGAAGAUUAUCCACAUCGUAUAGUUAUUCACGAAACUGUGUACAAGGAGAAUAUAAAACGCAUGACAGCGGCUUACAAAAUAAAUCGUGAAGUGAAAGAGGGCAAAAGUCCAUGCGAUGAAAGUGGAAAGGACAAACGUAGAAAGGUAGGAAGUAGCACACAGUUGACAAAGAAGCUACGUACCUAAUACGACAUACGACGUAGUAGUAUAUAGUAGUAUAGUGUUUUUUGUAGUAAUAAGUUACUAUAUGACAGAGCUUUGUUAUGUUUAUUAAACAGUUAAGUUUAUUAAAAAUACAUUACCAAUGACAUGAUA